AUGUUGCAAAGAAUCUCUUUUACAGAUGCUCAAAAAUAUGAGCUUUGUCUAUAUGCUCAUGAUAACAAGGAGACUUAUGAUGUCUUGAUUAUUGAAAAGGCUAAAUUGCUAGUAGGUAAAUUAAAAAUUCCUAAAGAUAGGUUACAAUUUUCUCAAGGAUGGCUUCAAAAAUUUAAGGAAAGAAAUGGAAUUCAUCAAAGAAUUCUUCAUAAUGAAGAAGCAUCUGCUGAUCAAAAUGCUAUCAUUGAGUGGUUAUUAAAUCAAGUUGAAGCAAGAUAUUUAAUUCAAGACUUAAAGAUAAAUAUUCUUCAAGCAAUUCAAUUUGCAAUUAAAGGAACCAACAAUUCAGAGUUAGAUAGGCUUAUUAAUGUGCUUAGUUUGCAUUACCUUCUUAAUGCAAUAAAGACUGACGAAUUCCUUAUACUCAAUAAUAAGAAUAUCAUUUAUGAAGUUUCUCCAGAUGACCAAAUUAUCAAAAAGCUUGCUUAUACAUUUAAAAAGAAUGAUAGUGUUGAAUCUGCUAAUAAAAACAUACUGAAAUAG